GGCGUCAAACAAACGUAGUCUGUACCCCUACGCUACUACUAAAACAAGCUACGAAGAUAGCUCUCAGCUCUUCCUAGGCAUAAACCAAAGGAAAUUCAAAAAAAGAAAAAGAAAAAGACAAAAUGGGUGAUUCAAAGGUAGAAACGAUCUCCAGAUUAGCUCAAUGGAGGAUCGACAACUUUGGUCCUUGUUCUCACAAGAAAUCCGACCCUUUCAAGGUCGGUCUUUGGAACUGGCACUUGUCUAUAGAGAAGAAUCGGUUUUUCUAUAUUCGUUUGUUUCCUGAGCCAUCUCGUGUGUCCAAGGAGCAGCCUCCUUUCGCGAAAUUUUUUUUUCGGGUCUCAAAUGCUGGUGCUAAUCGUAAACUUCAUAUCUCCCCACUUUUUGAGAGACCACUGCGAACAUGUGAUGACUUUGUUUGGCCUGUUGAUUCUACUUUCCAUGGGCGCUUCAUUAUUGAUGUUGAGUUCCUGGACCUGAGGAUCUACCCUAUGAAUGGUGGUGAAUCCAUUUCCAUAUGGCCCAUUGAAGGAGCAAUGCAGUCUGUGUCAACUCAAAGCACCCUGCACUGCCUUGCUCGCAUGCUUGAUGAGGGUAUUCAUGCAGAUGUUACUAUCAAUACUGCUGAUGGUACUUUAAGAGCUCACAAGGCAAUUCUAUCUGCAAGUUCACCUGUUUUCGAGAGCAUGUUCCAUCAUAACCUUAAGGAAAAGGAGUCAUCCACAAUCCUUAUAGAGGACAUGUCACUGGAAUCUUGCAUGGCCUUUCUCAGUUACUUGUAUGGAACGAUAAAGCAAGAGGUCUUUUGGAAGCAUCGACUGGCACUACUGGGAGCGGCAAAUAAAUAUGACAUUGUAGAUCUAAAAGAUGCUUGUGAAGAAAGCCUCUUAGAAGACAUCAAUUCACAGAAUGUCCUUGAGAGGUUGCAGGAGUCUUGGCUUUACCAAUUGAACAAGCUGAAGAAAGGGUGCAUGAUGUACUUGUUUGAUUUUGGCAAGAUAUAUGAUGUUAGAGAUGAAAUCAAUAACCUUUUCAGGCAGGCAGAUAGAGAACUGAUGCUGGAGAUGUUUCAAGAAGUGCUCACAGUUUGGAAACCAAUAUGACUUUCCUUGAGAGUUGUUCCCUUUCUGCUGCCGGUGAGCAGACAAAUAUGUGGGAGUCCUUACAGUAUAGUUAGUUGUAUAAUAAUACUCAAUGAAAUCACAAUUUUUUCUGUUUUCUUUUUUCUUUCUUUUUUUCUCUUGUAAUAUGCAUAUAUAGGGAUGCUAAGGUCUUUUUCAUGUGCCAGGAAUCAAUUGCUUGAGGUGUGUGUGGCAUUGUAUAGUAACUGAUGUAAAAACUUCGGCUUUUAAGGAAUGUAAGCUUGGGUUGUUGGGAGUA